AACUGCUUAUGAACUCAUGGUCAUGAAAAUGAAUACGAACGCCAACAUUGUGACCUAUUUAGACAGUUACUUUGUGGGGAAGCACCUUUGGCUGGUGAUGGAGUACAUGGACGGAGGCACUCUGAGAGAUAUCAUCAAUGAGACUCAAAUGUCGAAAGGAGAGAUUGCAGUUGUCAGUCGUGAGUGCCUGCAAGGACUGGAUUUUCUUCAUUCCAACCAUGUGAUCCAUCGAGAUGUGAAGAGCUGCAACGUCCUUCUCAGAACUGAUGCUGACUUUGGCCUCUCUGCUCAGCUCACCCCUGAGCACAGGAGACAGAGCUCCGUGGCUGGCACUUCUGGGUGGAUGGCGCCUGAAGUCGUGACAGGUCAACCGUACGGCCCCAAAAUGGACAUAUGGUCUUUUGGAAUCGUGGGCAUCGAAAUGGUGGAACGAGAAGUUCCUUACUGGAAUGAAACUCCUGUCUCGGUAAGGUGCAAAUACUCACUGAUCCUGCUGACUUUCUCACCUGUCCCGUUUUCUGUGUGCCACUGGACAAAAUGCCAUUGCCAUCUGCUGGCACUACUUCCACCAAGGUCCCCUUCUGAAAAUGUCCCUGCAGCACAUCAGCAUCUGCUGUAGGUUUGGUUGCAUCAGAAGGCAAGUGGCAGGCAACCAGAUCAGAAACGUGCCAUUUUGGCCUGCAGCCCUGCUGGCCUCCGUGACAUUUCUCUUUUGCUUUUUGAAAACUCUUGGAGCUCUGUCUCUAAAGGAGAAGAAUUUUUCAAUGGAGAGUUCCGCAGUGUGAUAAAUAUCCUUUGAGAUGGAGUUGGGAC